UCUUUACUGGGAACUGAAAACAAUAUAAAACCUUUUACAUUCCCUUUCUUGUUUUGUUCUUGUUGGCACAAAUUUGUAUCGACUGCUUAUUUGCAGAGGAAGCCAAAGCCCUCUGCAUCUCGCAGACUGACUCUCAAGACAAAGCUCUUGAAAACAGCAGCUGUGAUGCUGGUGAAGGAGAAGGAAAAUACAAAGUUAGAGAGAGAAGCUACCCUGCUGGAGCGAGUUCCCCCUCUGAAGCUGUCUGGUUUAUCCCUCCAGGAACUUCAGGCUCUGUGCAAAGAACUGCACCAUAAACUAGACGUCGUAGAUGAAGAGCGCUAUGACAUGGUAUCCAAGGAGACCAAAAACGGUAUAGAGAUUGAAAAUUUGAUUCAGAAGGUCGAUGAGCUGAAGGGUAAGAAGAAGCGACCAACUCUGAAGAGGGUGAAGGUCUCAGCUGAUGCCAUGCUGGGAGCUCUAAUGGGUGCCAAAGUUAAAGAGUCUGUGGAUUUCAAAGCUAACCUCAAGACUGUGAAGAAAGAGGAGGAGAAAGAGGAAGUGACUGAUUGGCGUAAGAACGUGGAGGCCAUGUCUGGCAUGGAUGGCAGGAAGAAGAUGUUUGAUGCUGGACAGUAGAUUCUUAUUUUUGGACACUUUGAGUAUGCAGUUUUACAGUACAUGGUUAAAAAAAAAAUAGAAAAGAAAGAAUAACACUGUUAAUCACCUGGGACAGUUACUAAGCAACUUGUGUAUGUUGAGUGUAUCUCUGUAGAUUUCAACUGUAAUAUGCCAGAAUAUGCAAAUACAAUAAAGUACAUUGUAUAUGUUAUAUUUUCACGAUUACCAUUGUGCCAUAGCUUUGCCAUGGCACUUUUGAAAUGUAAAAUUUUGAAAUAAUGACGAAAAAAAUUAUGCUAAAUCUACAUUUUCUUGAUGUUAAAAAGUCUGGAAAAGAACAUGUCAAUAAAUCUUCAUCAAAACAGAAAA